UCCAUGGUGUCUGAACUCUGAAGUGGUGUAAUCCUGUUCCCAGUAGAGAAUACGAAAUCACAAUUCACAAACCCACCCGACCAGAUUAUCAUUAUAGCAUCCAUCCAUGGCCAUGGAGCUGAAUUCCAGAGACAUUUCUGUCAAACCCUUAUCCCAAUUCCCUUCUUCUUCUUCUUCGCAACACCAAAACAGAGAAACCCUCUUUCUUAAACCCUCCAUCUUUUCUUCCGUCUCAGUAAAAUUGAGGCUUUCUGCGUCGGCAGCUGAACCGGUUCUUUCUCAACAAGACGCCCCGUUGCUUAAAGAGAAGCUGAGGGUGGUGGUGAAGCCAAUGGAGAAACCAAGAAUAGUAUUGAAGUUUCUGUGGAUGGAGGAUGUGAUUGGUGUGGCGUUGGACCAAGUGAUACCAAGGCAGGGCACCAUUCCUCUAACGCCUUACCAUUUUUGGCCACAUCAAGAUGCCUUGGUGGAGCUUCAGAAGUUGCUGGAGAGCAAGCCGUGGAUUUCACAUAAGCAGAUGGCCAUCCUUCUAAACCAGCUUGCUGAUUUAAUCAGCAAGGGGAAAGCCACCACCAACAAAAGCUCAUAGUGAGUUCUAAUUCGGGUUACAUGUAAACCAGAUGGAUAUUGCUCUCAGCCAGCCACACAACCAUACAUCAAUACUGAGGUUGACACAGAGGAAAAAGAUGGAACUUGGCUAAGGAACCUUUUGGUUAGGAGAAAAGGUUUGGUGUAACAACACGUCGAAGUUACCUAGCGAAGGCAGUGCUUAAAGCGGCUUGCUUGUAAGUUUUCGCAUUGAUGUUGUAAAGCAGUUUUAUGUUCAUUCUUUUGUCAUCCUAUGUUCAUUUUUGAGAUUUCAACAGUAUACGGUCUGGUAUUGACUGGUUUAUAUUAAUGCCGAAAGAGCAACUGAACUAUGAUCAUGAAAUGAAAAAGGUUAAUGUUAGGCUGAUAGUGUUGGCAUACUCUGCUUGCUUUAUAUUCUGCUUGCUGCUUAUACUAGUAGCUUCUGUACUUUGAACCUGGAGCAUCUGAUGAGGGCCAACGUAGAAUCCUGUUCUUUGGCAUCCGGAUGUAGAAGUUGAAUGCUUGUCGAUUCGGGUGCAAGGUGGGUUUCCCUCUUUGUGUAUGUUAGAAUGACUAAUGAGAGACUCUGGAGUCCACUCAUGGAUCAGCUGCACUUUUCAGUUUCUCUUUGAAGCAGAUUAGUCUGUUUCCAAUGAAAAAAAUAAUUACCUGGCCAAAGGGCAGGGUCCAAGCUAGUAUGGUAUUGAUUAGAAAAGAGAGUAAUCCAUGUAAUGGAGAAUUGGUCAAGUUCUCAUCUUAGUUGAUAAUUUUUAUUUGCCCUCUUUCUUGACAGCUACUGGAUCUUUAGACUAUAGAAGCUAGAAAAAGAAAACAGAAAUAAGGAAAAAAGAAGAAUCCCUCUCCUUCAAGGAUUGUGUUUUAUUAAUGCCUCAUAUAAAACAAUUUGUUUAUCCAUGGUUGUGGGUGACUCUGCAACUUUUCCAUUGGUAGCAGAAUCAAGCUUGGUGCUUUUUUCAUCACUUUCCGAUUCUGAGCUGCUAGUGUCGUGAUCAUCUUGGUAGUAGUGGUGAGAUCUGGAUCUCGAGAGCUCGAUUGCAGCUCUAGCAGCUGUGACUGCAUAAGCUGCUGAUUCGAAAGCUUCCUGUGCAGCAGCUGCUACAUCUGUAUACUUGUUUCUUGCUCUUAACGGCUCAGACGAAAGCUCUUCAUCUGGGAUUGAAUUUUCUUGCUUCAUUUGAUGAUUAUCGGCGAUGUCCUUUCUCAUUAUCUCAGCUGCAUGUGGUAGAUGAUCAUGGAGUUUCAAAUCGAGGGUGAGAUGGACCUCAGAAGCAAUGCUUCUCAACAAUUCAAUCCUGCUUUCCAAGGUUGUCUGCCUUGCUGAGAGCUUCUGGAUGAUCUUAGCCAAUAAAGAGAAGAGUUGUUUCAGAAUUGUUGUUUAAGUAAAUGCUUCGUAACCAUCUUUCUGGUACCUCUUUUACUACAUACCUUUGGAUUUACUCCACAGUUGUUGCGCAGCUCGAUGGCUCGAGCAAUGAAUUCCUUCCCGAAUCGCAGUUGGAAGAUGCCACGAAUCUCUUGCAGUUCAGGGAACUCUGCACACCUCGAAGAUGCAAAGAUCAAGCUUGAGAUUGUCUCCUUCAGCUCAUCUGGGCAUUCUCUUCACAAACAGAAACAAGGUGAUCAUAAAUUAGUGACCCAGUCGGAACAUGUGGGAAAUCAGCAAACGUGAAUUCAUUAAACAAACAAGCAAGUUUGAGUCCCAACUUGUUCUUCUCAAGAAGCAUGACUCUCUCUAUCAGGAACCUGCAGUAGUUCUCCAUCAUGUCAAGCGCAUCGAGCAUGUUUCGAUCCUUCACCACAAACUCUACCUGCAAAGUGGGAAAAGGAAAAAUGGUGAAACUAAGAUCCUGAUGUGGAGGCAAUUUCCAAUAAGGGAAUGAAGGUUACGCGAAUGAGUGCUCUUUCGUGUUGUUGAAGUUUCAGGAUGUCGACCACAUCGGACUUGGCCUGUGAAUACCGAGCUUGCCUCUGCUUUCUGAGGAUGGUGAUCCUUGAGACAGCAAGGUUUGUUACAACCUUCAAUUUGCAGGCUCUGAAGUUUCUCCCCAGAAGAGCAUCCAGUUUUCUACCCAUGUCUCCCUCUGUUCCUUGUUUUGCUUAUGGUGUCUGGUCAAAACUUCAGGCCUUUGUCCAGGCUAGCUAGUGAGGUUAAGUUAUUGAUUACUUGAUUGUUAUAUAUAAGGGGGGGCAUUCAGAUUUUGUCUAGGCUAAUAACAAUUAGGAACUUGGUCUGUGACCAUUAUCUUCCAUCACAGUCGUUUGCCUGAG